UGGUUGCGCUGACAUGUUUGUGAGUGUGCUGUCACCUCCUGUUUCUGACAGAGAGUAGGCAAACAGUAUGCAAAAGUGGACGGUGGUUUCUCACAGGCGCAAACGCACAAACCGUUCAUUCUCCCAGUCUUGCCGUACAAGCACAAGGGUGAGCCCACUCCACGGAGCAGAAGCAGACACCCAGCAAAUGGGCAUUUUCCCCUAAAACCGGAGUUUGUCCCACCUUCAGCGGCGCUGGCAUGAUUUACCACCGCUUCGGGGGAGACGUGAUGUUGUAGAGUACAGAGCUUCGUUUUGAUACAGUCAAGCACUCGGCAGUCGGUCCUUCUUUGGCAAAAAACGAAAGAAAAAAAAAAGUAAAUGUCUUCCACGGUAGCCCAGAGCACACUGCCCACACUGUCCACAGUUACGAGUUCAAUGGAUCCAGAAUCCAACAUCCCACUGCACCACAUGAUAGUACUGGGCAUCUACACCGUGGUUCUGCUCUGUGGUACCGUAAGCCUCAGCCUGAUGAUCCACGUCCUGAAAUCCAGUGCGACCUCCACCACCUCCAUAGCUGUGCUCAACCUCAUCUUUACCCACUUCAUCUUCCUUCUAACCUUGCCCUUCAGACUUUACUAUUACGCAACAAAUAAGUGGACCCUGGGCCACGGCUGGUGCAAAAUGGUCAGCGCCAUGAUUCACAUCCACAUGUACAUGUCCUUCAUCUUCUAUGUGAUCAUCCUCAUCAUGCGCCUGCUGGCGUUCUACAAAAAGGAUGAGCGGGUGCCGACCUUCCGGAGGAUGCACGCGCUCCUUUUCAGCGUUGUGGUGUGGGUCAUCGUACUCGUCUCGUACCCUUGCAUCACCCAUUUUACUUACGGCUACAAAAAAAACCCUAGCAACCGCAGCCAUAACCAUAACCAUACAGAAUGCUUCCAAUUUGGAGAGAAGGUAAAGGAAUUCAAGGGGAUUAACUACGUCAUAAGUGUAUUGAUCAUAGUUGUGGCCGUCGUGCUGACAGCCCUCCAAGCCAAUGUUCUGCGGGUUUUAUACAGGCAGCAUAAACAAAUAUGGUCUUCUCAGCAGGACUUCGGGGCUCAGCUGAAAAGCCUGUGCUUCGCCCUAAUCAUGGUGGCCUGCUUCAUUCCCUACCACAUUUUCCGACUGUAUUACAUAGGAAACUUCUCCGGCGAACUGGAGAUUGCCAACGAGGUGUUUCUGAGUCUGACCACUUUUAAUUGCCUGGACAUGCUCACCUUCUUGGGAAGGAGAACCUUCAGAGUGUGUUUGCCAGGAAGGGCUGCGUGAAAACUGUUGGUACGAAGAUGACUGUGUGUGUGCUUGUGUUUUGCACAAUUGCAGAAACAUGUAAAAUGGAAUUGAAAAAGUUGCCAUAAACAUCAGCAACAGGCACCCGGGGCUUCAUCUUUGAGUUCCAGGAACUUUAUCAUCAGAAAAAAAUAAUUUUACUCAGUGGAUAUUUGCCAGCAUUUCUUAUUGCAAUAAUUGUUUAUCCUUAUUAGUGCUACUUUUGUUAUUAAUUAUGUUGUAAAGCUCCUAAACCAAAUCGCAAGGCCAAAUGUUUCGCGGUCUGAUUUACAGCCCUAGCUCUACUUUAUGUUAUUUUUUUAUUUUAGUUAUAUAUAUAUAGUUAUAUAUACUAUAUAUAUAGUUUAUAUAUAUGUGUCAAAAGUUUUAGUACACUCCAACAUUCUGCCCUUCUUUUUUAUUAAAAUGUAUGCGGUUCAAUGUCUCAUUUCACUCAGAAAUGAAAGCACAGACCAAAUAAACAACUGAAGUUUGGGUUAGGUUAGAGUUAAAAAGAAAUCAUGGACUCAAUAUAUAACCUAAAAUACUGUAUUUUCCAAACUUUCAACUUAUCAAAGUAACCAUCUUUGGCUGAUUUUGUUUAGAGAGUUCUUCCCAAUUUUGUUGCAGAGGCUCCCAGAACCGUGUGGCUCUUGUAGGGCGCUUUGCUUUCACUCUUCUCCAGUUCAUCACAAACCAACUCCAUGGAGUUAAAGUCACUGGACACUGGACUCCAUGUUUUCAAGCUUUCCAUCUUUUUUUUUUCUUUUUUUUGAUCCUGAGGUACUUCUGGUGUUGCUUGGACUAUAGUUUUGAGUCAUUAACUUACUGUAAGAUGAAGCCCUGACCAACUACACCAGAGGACACAACGUGCUGUUCUAAAACUUUUGACUGGAAGUGUAUGUAUUAGUUGUAUUUGUAUUCAUGACAGGUAGUAGAUAUAAAUUAUCCCUUAAGAUGGGUUUCUAUUUAUCAAAGUAUUUAAAGAAUUGUACAUGACUGGAACCUGCUGUAUGCUGUUGACUCAAAAUGAAUGAACUCUUGCCAUCUGCUGGUUUGUUUUUAUACUGCACAAGAUUCAAGUUAAAGAAUGUUUUUGUACUGUAUACACUAUGCUAUGUAAUGACACUGGGCAUUCAGGGUCAGUCUUCAGUAACUAAAUGCCAAAGGCUUGUGAGUGCGAAUAAAAAAUACAUCUAUUUCACUGUAUUUGCUAACACUUGACUCCUGUGUACAUAGCUGGAGUGCUCAGAUUCAGAGUUGAGAAGAAAAAUAAACAUUAAAGUCAU